AUGGCAGGAAAAGUAAAAUGGGUCACUGAUAUUGAGAAGUCCAUGCUAAUCAAUAACUUCUUGAAGAGAGGAUGGGUACAAGUGACACAAAAUGAGGAUUGGAACUUUUCCUAGAUUAGGAUGCAGACCAUCUGGAAUAUGUUCCGUGUGGAAGUUGGCUAUAGGCUCACAGGCCAUCAGAUCGUCAACCAUUUCCUGAACCCCUACGAGCUGACCCUGAAGGACUUGGUGGUGAAGAACAUCAAGAGGUUCAGGAAGGUGCUGGAGAAAGAAGAGAGUCCCCUGGCAGAAAAAAAGGACAAUGGGAAAUAGAUCCACCUGGCCUUCCUUUUGUUCACUUAUAUGCUGCCCGAGCACUAUGCUCUGUUAUCAAAGAAGUUCUGGAAGAGCCAGUCCAGUACCUGGAUCAUGAAGCCAUGCAGCAAGGCACAGGAGAAGGGUAUCUUCAUCAACAAGCUCUCUGACAUCAUGAAGUGGCGGGACAGCAAGAUGUCCUCGCUUGUGUCCCAACCUACCAAGGAAACCUACAUGAUCUCCCUGUACAUUAACAACCUGUUGCUCAACAGGGCAAGGAAAUUUGACCUGUGCCAUCCCUUCUGGUGUUCCGUACCACCACUGCACUAGUACAUGUACAAGCUUGGCUUCUGCCGAUUCUGCAUGGUGUACACCCCAAGGACCAGUGAGCUACACAACAUGUUCCUGCAUUGCACCAGUGUGGCUAUUCAGAAGGACUACAACCACAUUCUGGGCAAGGGGGCUGUGAGCAAUCUGCAUCUGUACCUGGUAAGUACCCACGACAGGGAGGUGACCAGCAAGCUGUCUGACAAGGUCCACUGCACCAUUGUGCAGUCCCUGAAGACUGUGGUGCCAGUGGUGAGCAAUGACAAGCACUGCUUUGAGUGCUAUGGCUAUGACAUCAUCGUCAACGAUGAGCUGAAGCCCUCCGAUGAGGUUAACACAUCCCCAUCUCUUACUUCCAGCACCACCAACGGCCAGAUCCUUAAGUACAACCUGAUUCAUGACACACAUAUUGUGGUCCCCAGUGGUAAAAUCCCAGAUUUCAGAUGGAACAAGCCUCCCUCCUCUCCCCUCUCCCACCACACACAAAAAGAAGUCCUUGGCAACUGUGAGAGUCUAUACAACAAGGGGCUGGCCCAGGGCGAUGGGGCUGACCAUCAGCUGAGAAGUCAUGCAAACCAGUCAGUGGGGCCCAAGGGGAGCCAAUCCAGAGACUCAGGGAGAACUGCCCUCAGUACCUGUAAGUGA